UAACAGCAAAAUACCUCCUCCUCUUUUCCACAUGUCCUCCGUUCCCAUUGACUGUCACUGCACAUUAGCACAGCUGAAAUCUUAAACAUCGAGUGUUUUAUUUCACCACAUCCACCCACAGCUGAACUAUGACUAAAGAAAAUGUUCAAGGAGCCAGCGAGGAGGAGCCGCAGGGCCAGUCGAAGAAAGGUCUGAAGAAACAGCAGAAGGAAGCCGAGAAAGCGGCAAAGAAGGCCGAAAAACAGGCCAAGCUGGCCGCAGAUCAGCAGGAAGCCGAUGAGGAUGACUUUGCCAAGGAUCGCUAUGGGGUCUGUCCUAUGGUUCAAUCCCGGCAGAAACUGGACAGGGCGUUGGUGCGUGUCCAGGACCUGACACCCGAGAAGGCAGAGCAGCAGAUCUGGGUGCGUGCCAGAAUUCACACCAGCAGAGCUAAAGGGAAGCAAUGCUUCUUGGUCCUGCGUCACCAGCAGUUUACCGUGCAGGCCCUCAUCGCUGUGGGAGACCAUGCCAGCAAGCAGAUGGUCAAAUUUGCAGCUAACCUCACCAAGGAGAGCAUCAUUGAUGUUGAGGCCGUGGUGAAGAAGGUGGACCAGAAGAUCGAGAGCUGCUCUCAGCAGGAUGUAGAGCUCCAUGUGGAGAGGAUCUUUGUGAUCAGCCAGUCUGAGCCCAGACUUCCCCUUCAGCUGGAGGACGCUGUGAGGCCUGAGGGAGAUGGAGACGAGGAAGGCAGAGCCACGGUCAACCAGGACACCAGACUGGACAACAGAGUUAUUGAUCUGAGAACCACAACCAGCCAAGCGAUCUUCCGGCUGCAGUCAGGUGUUUGUCAGCUCUUUAGAGACACUCUCAUCAACAAAGGCUUUGUGGAGAUCCAGACUCCCAAAAUCAUCUCUGCUGCCAGUGAAGGAGGAGCCAACGUCUUCACAGUCUCCUACUUCAAAACCAGUGCAUACCUGGCCCAGUCACCUCAGCUCUACAAGCAGAUGUGCAUUUGUGCCGACUUUGACAAAGUCUUCUGUGUCGGUCCAGUGUUCCGUGCUGAAGAUUCCAACACUCAUCGCCACUUGACAGAGUUUGUGGGUCUGGAUAUAGAGAUGGCCUUCAAUUACCAUUACCAUGAGGUCGUGGACUCCAUCACUGACACCAUGGUUCAGAUCUUUAAGGGACUCCAUGACCGGUUCCAGACAGAGAUCCAGACAGUGAAUAAGCAAUACCCCAGUGAGCCCUUCAAGUUCCUGGAGCCCACGCUGAGACUGGAGUAUAAGGAAGGAGUGGCCAUGCUCAAAGCUGCUGGGGUGGAAAUGGGAGAUGAAGAUGAUUUGAGCACACCCAAUGAAAAACUGCUUGGGCGUCUUGUAAAGGAGAAGUAUGAUACUGACUUCUACGUGCUGGAUAAAUACCCCUUGGCGGUAAGGCCGUUCUACACCAUGCCUGAUCCCAACAACCCUAAAUACUCAAACUCAUAUGACAUGUUCAUGAGAGGAGAAGAGAUCCUGUCUGGAGCCCAGAGAGUCCACGAUGCCCAGCUGCUGACUGAAAGGGCAAUGCACCAUGGCAUCGACCUGGAGAAGAUCAAGGCUUACAUUGAUUCUUUCCGGUAUGGCGCCCCUCCUCAUGCUGGUGGUGGCAUAGGUCUGGAGAGAGUGACCAUGCUUUACCUCGGCCUGCAUAACAUACGCCAGACCUCCAUGUUCCCCCGUGACCCCAAACGUCUGACCCCUUGAAGAUUGACGCACCCGGACAGCCUCUUGUUUCCAAUCCAGACUGACACAAUACAACCUAGACAACCAGCUAUCAGUCUUCUGGACGUGCCAGAACGUGGAAGUGCCACUAUGAUUAACUGAACGACAUUAAUCUACUUUUGUAAUACUUCUCAGUAGUGUGUGAUACAGCAGGGCUUUAAAGGAAUCUAAUCAGGAGGAAAGGAAAGGGAAUCGGUGUUAAAUGAUGCAGAUGAUUUACUUACAUGAAGAUUAAUGCAAAUUUAUUACACCGUAUGUCUAGAUUUUUCUACUGAUGUGUGUUCCUGAAACACUAUGGUUUAGAGAAGGUAACUGUAAGAUUUUCACAAAUAACAGCACAUCCACAAUAAAUUCAAAUAAUAUACGUC